UUAUGUUGUGUUGUGUUUGUCAGCUGUCAGAGAGAAAAAAAUAAAAAACAAACUCAUUUCAUUUCAUUCUAGCGCGCAUCUUUGUUAUCUUCGUUCGCGUGAUUUUUCAACCAAGUUCAGAGAAAUACAACUAAAAAUGCAGAGUGCUUCUGAUGUGAUAUCUUCUUUGUUUUGGUUUAACGACGAAAAUGAUGUUGAUGAUGAGAAAGAUCAGCAAAUUAUAGAACAGUUUGUUCACAACGUUGAAGAUUUUAGUUCCCAGUAUGGCAGUGAAAUAAGUGUUUCGUAUACGGCGUUUAAUCUCCGUGGGCCUCCUUCCAACUUUCCUGAUUACGGUGAUUAUCCUCAGGCCUUCGUCAUGAGAACAUAUGGUACCUGGUGGGAUGAUGCACCCUCAGCACAACAAGACUACAUGCCACAGAAUGCUAGCGCCAUCACUAGUCAAGAUUUUGUAGAAGUGUCCUUCGAAAAGGCUGUCUACCCCUUGGAGGUGUCAAUUUUCGAGACAUACAAUCCUGGGGCUUUGGUCCGCAUCUGGGCUCGAGGACCGACAGCCUGGAUGCUGCUAUGGGAAGGGGAACCGGAGUAUGUGGGAGAUACACCGAGGAUUUUCAGCCCACAAAUAAGGCAGAUUAAUGUACCUACAAGGAUUUUAAGACUGGAGUUUAACCACAAGCUGCUACCGUACUACACGGAGUUGGAUGCCGUAUUACUCCGAGGAAAACAACCUCCGAACUUGGUGGAGUAUAUGAAGAAUAAUUUCUCUUAUUCCACACUGUUUUACAAGAAAACUCAGCCGGUUGUCGAAAAAGGUCAACUGCUGAACAGGAUAAUAGCUUCGAACCUUCACGAGAACGUUGUUCCGCCGAUCGUCGCUCCCGCGAAUCAGAAACAAAUCGAUACAGGACCACCUCUCGGUGAUUUUCAGAGUUUACCUGAUGAAACAAUACUAUGUGUGAUGAAGUACUUGGACAUCCAGUCGCUCUGCCGAUGCGCUCAGGUCAACAGGCACUUUAACAGACUCGCUUCAGACGCCAUACUCUACAGAAGCAUAGACCUCCGGCCGUAUUGGCAUUGUGUGCAAUCACAGGUCUUAGGAACGCUAUCGAUGCGCUGCAAAUUCCUCCAGAAACUCGAUCUCUCUUGGUGCGGCAGUCAUCGCAUGAUACAGCCUAAUUACGUAGUAAACUUCCUGAAAGACAGCGGGGCUGAGCUGACACAUCUGCGCAUGAAUUGCUGUAAAUUCGUCGACACCUCUGUGUUAAGAGCUAUAGUUGAAACAUCUACUAAUUUACAAGAGUUAUGCCUCCGCUCCGUAGUGGGCUGUUCAGACUGGUUGUGUCUGUCAGCACUCAAGCGGCUGAAGCGUCUCGAUCUGUACAGGACUGAUAUCACAACCGCUGCUGCUGUCGCUAUCAUCAGAUCUAAUCCUGGACUAAGACAUCUUAAUGUUGGAUCCUGUAAAAUGAUAUCGUCGAUGGACGAAGUGGCGUUGGCCUUAGGGGGUUAUUGUCCAAACCUCAUCUCGGUAGACUUUUGGAAGUCUUACUCGUUGACUCCUAAUGGCAUCAGGGCUCUCGGUAAUUGUAAGAAGCUGCAGGAAUUGGAUGUUGGCUGGUGUCUCCAAGCGGGCGGGUCUGGCGAGUGGCUGGGCUGGCUGGCGGGCGGCUGCCUGCGCAAGCUGUUCCUGGGCGCGCUGCGCGGCGUGAGCGACCGCGACCUGCGCGCGCUGCUGCCCGCGCCGCGCCUGGCGCAGCUCGACCUGCUCGGCGUGCGCGCCGUCACGCCCGACAUAUGCCACGCAAUAUUAGCGGAAUGCAGAGAUUUAAGACUUCUGGAUGUCAGUUUUUGCGAUCAAAUCCAAGAAUCACAGGUAUUAGAAUGGCGUGAGCAGUACCCUCAUGUAAGCAUUAAGCGAUCUUUCCAGUCAGCUAAUUUGAACACAGCUCCCAACCCAUUGUUCUUAGCACCCAGUUUAGAAUAGAUUGUACUUAUAAAAAGAGUUCAAAGCUUAUUGGGUAAGAUACCAUUUUUCAUUUGGUUUUGCAAUUCACUGAAAGUGUAUGUGAUUUUAUUUUUUUAAUAAAUUAUACUGUCGUUGGAUUUUCGGUGCGGGUGUCAAAUUAAAGAAAAAAAUCAAUUACCAUUCCAUACUUAAAAACAGCUAAAUAGGAACUCUAAACAUAAUAAACCAUUGCAAAUAAAUUCGAAGUUAUAAUUUAAUAUGUAUUAAAAAUCUAACCGUUCUUUAAAAAUGAACAUAUGCUAAGACUCUACAUAUGCCAGAUAUCACCAUAUUUGGAAGGAACUGACUUGAUGAAAAAGUGAUCUAUUAUUUGGCUUUAAACAAUUUAACGAAACACGUUAAAACAUUAAGACUGACUAAAUUAAAGACACAUUUCCUAUUUCACCAGCAUUUAAAUUUUAUUUUGUGAAGAUUUUUGGUUUAUGGUUGGAUAAGAAAAAGGUCUACCACCUGAGGUCAAAUGUGCGCGGCACAGAAUAACAGGAAUAUUUUGCUUAAACUUAAAUUUUGACAAACUUUCUUGGAUGAUCGUUACGUACAGACCACGUGUUUGUAGUGAUAUUAUAAAAUUGAUUUCCUCGAUAUUUUACUUUUAGGACAUUUAAAUUAAUUAUUAUAAGUAACUUUAUUGUUUCUCUCGAUUCCAAAUCGUAUAUUUCUCAAGCAAGAUAAAGUUUAACUUUGAUGACAGAUAUUGUAAUAUCUGUAAUUAAAAUACUUUCUUUAGACUUGACCGCCCCAUUUUGAUUCAAUUUAUUUGUAGCAUAACAUCGUUCUAACCUCUACAUUUGGGUAUUUGACUAACUUAGUCAAAAGGAAUUUUCAAAAACUAUAAUUUUCGUGUAAUGUCACUUAUUACUACUUUCACACAAUUCACUAUCUUUGACGCGGAUUGAUCUUCGGAUUUGGUUUGUCGAAUACCCAAUUUAUCUUGUAGAAUACCUUUAUUUGUGAACUAUCUACGGCAGUGCAAUUAUUAUAUGAGUAGAAAUUUUUGUUUAUAAAUGAUUCAAUGAUCGUUAAGCAGCUGAAAUUUAUAAUAUUUUUAUUUUUGUAAUUUUAUUUUGGAAUAAAUAUUACUGUUUCAGUAACAUCUAUUUUUCUAGUAUAUUUAGCUGUAAGGUAUAUUAUUAUUGAAUGUUAAAAUGUAGACGUUACUUACUGUAUUUAGAUUUGGUAAAAAAAUAAAUAUAUACUAUAUUUUGGAUAUUAUAUUAUAAGAAAUUAAAAUUAACUUGUAAACCAUUAUAACCCUUCUUGUCUGAAAACCUGUUGUCAAAUAUAAUGCCAAUUUGGACUUCAGCAUAUCUGUUCAUUAAAUUUAAACUUUAAAACUUGACUCCGAGGGUUGAAAAUGCAAAAUUACGUGAGAAAAGUAAUGUUUGCAACUAUUUUAACUAAAUUAGGGUUUCAGGCACCUAGGGAAUUUAUCUGCAACAAGCUUCAAAUGCUCUAGAAUAUAUUAAUCAUACAAAAAAGACAUUAUAAAGUAUAGGACUGCUUAUUAAGUGUUAGUUAUUAAUAUUAAGACUAUAUGAUUGCUAUUGUUCAGUGAUACGAAAAUAAUACCUAAUUAUUCUUCGUCAAUUUACCUACAAUUACUAGUAAUUAACUAUUGUAUCUAGUUGUCUAAUUACAGUAACAGUCCGGUGCAUAAUAAGGUUUUAUCAUAAAAUUUCCAAAAUGAAAAUAUUUUGGAAAUAUUUACAUUAAAGAUAUUUAGAUAUUUUUGCAUAUUAUAUACUUAACUCUAAGAAGAGAAGUUAAUAUUUAAGAUGAGACUUACCUUUAUUUAUAGUAUUAUUUAGGCGUUGGACUUGAAUGUGUUAAGUGGGGAAUUCUUUUAUGUAUUUUGCGUACUUUAAUUUAUGAAUUGCACACAUAGCUGAUAAAUGAGAAAAUAAACUGCUAUUUCUCAUGAUAUACGCUCUCUUACACACACUUAAACUAAAUUUUACCCAUUUCUCUUUCAAAAUCGCCAUAUAUUUUAAAUAGCGUAUUAGUUUAUUCUUUAUUUGUGUGUUGAAAAACGAUUUCGUUUAAUAUUGUGCUUGAUAUUUUAAAUUCAGCAAUGACGCUUAAAAUACGUAAAAUAAGUGCCCAUUCAACAGUAUCAAUUGAUAGGAGUCACUGCAAUGUCACAAGUCCAAAAUUUCAGUCAUAGCAACUAAGAAUAUAUUAAGAGAUAUAUUAGAUUUAUUGGAAUAUAAUAUUUGUUUUUAGUAAUAAAAGUAUAAAAAGAU